AUGCAGAGAGCUGUGCGUGCCGACGAGGAGGCACGGCACCUGCAGAAGCGACAGAAGCGGAAGGAGCGAGAGCGCGUGUGGCGUGAGCGACGUGCUGCACGUGGGCAACUCGACGGUGGGAAAGCAGGUGACGGCGCGAAAACUGUGGUGGUGGUGGGCGAUGUGAAGGCCCGCAGGAAGCAGCCCGUACUCCAGUUCGUGGCAAUGGCAACGGACACCGAGGUGACGGCGAAGAGCGACGAGCUCGUCCGCGUGUCGAGGACCAGACAGAGGUAUGAUAAGUUGGCGCGCAAGGCGAAGGCGCGUGAGGACCGGAAGCUGCGCGAGUGGCUAGCGACGCAGUCGUACCCGGACGAGACGUACAUGGCGUUCGUGGACACGAAGCGACGGCGCGGCAAGGGCGGGCCACGACUAAGCUACCAGUACGAGAGUGGCAGCGUCUACGCGUCCCCGAGUGUCGUGUGGACGGAGGACGGUGCGAGACCAGCACGAGUUGGACGACUACGAGCUGUGCAGGCCCUGGCGGUGGACUCACUACCAACGGCCAAGGUCGAGGUUGGAGACGAGUGGCGGGACAUCAAGUUGGACACCGGCGCGCACUUCUGCGUGGCUGGCGAGUCGUGGAAGGAGUACACCGAGCGGCUCGGCACGCUGCCACCCGUAGACUUCGUCGAAGGGUUCACGGGUGCAGUGGCCAAGGUCGAAGGAGUGUGGCGGUUCAGAUUCAGGAAGCAGUACGGGCAGAGCAUGUUGGUGGACGCGCUG